AAAUUUUCGUAAAUAUUGAAUGAUAGUGCUUUCGAUUAAUUCUUAAAACUCCCUAGCAAUUCAAUGUGUUAGCUGAGAUAAGAUAAAAUUGAAGGACAAUCCCAGCGAUGUGGUUUUUUUGCGCAGUUGGCACGUACCGACUGUAAUGUCGGGGACUUUCCGAGUGAUUUCCUUGCGUCCCAUACCCCUGCACUAGUCCUAUGUAUGGAAAAGGGGAACUACCGGAUUUCUCCAUUCUGGCUUAUACUGGUUCUGAGUCAUUAAGAUAUGGCCACUUACCCGACGCCACCUUCGAGUAGUGGAGAUUCGCCGCAACCCAUAUUUUUAAUUUCUUCGCCCAAUUCUCAACAUUAUUCAGUUGUGUCUCCAGAAGGCAGCCAACAUUACAUUCAAGCACAAAUAGUAUCCACUAAUUCCUCAUUGAUGGAUAUGGACGACUCACCCACAUCAAAUGUACCAUAUUUAAAAUUUCUGGAACAACCCACCAAUAAAUUUCGAUUUCGGUACAAAUCGGAAAUGGCCGGAACUCACGGAAGUCUGUGUGGCAUGAACUCGGAUAGGUCCAGAAAGCAAACUUAUCCUACAGUUGAGUUGGUUAAUUGUACAGAAAAGGCCACAGUUAGAUGUUGCAUAUAUCAAUACAACAUAGAGGACGACUUUAAACCGCAUCCCCACCGGCUAAUAAUGAAAAAAGGCAGAAGCGAAGAGGACGAUCCUCACGAUAUUCUAGUUGGACCCGAAGAAGGUUUUACGGCAACGUUUCAUAGUAUGGGCAUAAUUCAUACAGCCAGAAAAAAUAUAGUCAGCGAACUAGUAAGGAAGAAAUCGCUGCUACACCGAGAACUUAUCGCUUCUAGAGAGGGAAGAGUCAGAGAAUUAACACUGAAGGAAUUGACCGAUAUUAAGGGAUUGGCACAAGAAGAGAGCAAAUCCAUUAAUUUGAAUAUUGUUCGUCUCAGAUUUGAUGCAUUUGUUAUAAAAAAUGGUAUUCGCCACCCUAUUUGUCCACCCAUAUACAGUCACGGCAUAAACAACCUAAAAUGCGCUCUCACUGGGGACUUAAGAAUAGUCCGGAUGGAUCAUUGCACGAGCCCUGCAAAGGGUGGCCAGGAGAUCUUUCUUUUGGUUGAACGAGUUACUAAAAAAAAUAUUCAAAUUCGGUUCUUCGAACUGAAUGAUGAUGAACAAGAAGUGUGGCAAGGAUGGGGAAAAUUCUCCGAAUUAGAUGUUCACCAUCAGUAUGCUAUUGUAUUUAAGACUCCAAUGUACGAUAGGAAUCCAAACAUUACUCAACCUGUGAAAGUUUAUAUGGAACUAGUGAGACCUUCAGACAGUGCUAAAAGUGAAUGGAAAGAAUUCAGAUUUAUACCAAGUAACGAAUUUCGGCCUGGAUCCAAAAGACCCAGGUCAAAUGGAUAUGAAACAUCAUCCACAUACAACAGUAGCAGCUUAAAUAGCGUAGAUUUACCAGCAACUAUUCCGCACAAUUUGGCCCAAUGUGAAGCCCAAAACCAGCGCCCCAUAUCCCUCCCUAAUACAAAUAGUUGGAACCAGUCCGACAUUAUUUCGGAUGAGCAAAUGGAUAUUGCGUUAAGAGAUAUCAAUUCAACGGAAUUCGGUAUAUUAUUUGAAGAAUAUGCAGUGAACGAAUUUGAUACUGUGGAUCAAAAUACUGUGGAUUGUUCCCCUCAGGCGUCAAUUUCAGAUCGUCUGAGAAAUGUGUACAUCAGUGGCCUAACAAAAAAUUCGAAGACUAUUAGUUCCAAAAGUGUAUGCGAUAUUAUGCAGUCUCCUAACUGCUGUGAUGUGAUCAAAAUGGAAGUUCUUCCUGAAGAUUUGAGUAAAGCUAAUAGAACUUAUCAAGAACUGAAAAAUUUUAUCAAAUCCAGAGAUGCGCGUGAACGGGCGCCAGAAAUGCUGCAAUAUCAUUUAGGGGACCAUUUGAAUACUAGGAGAAGCAAUGCUCUGCAUGUGUUUGUUGCAUUAAACCGGAAAGAAGAAGUGACAUUUUUAUUAAAAAUGCUUGUUCUAUCGAGAAAGUUUGAGCUAACUAACAUACCCAAUUCUGAGUGGCUUACCCCACUUCAUAUUGCGGCUCACUGUCGAAAUGAUGAAUUUGUUGAAUAUUUGUUACAAUGUAAAGCAAAUCCAUUGAUUCAAGACAAUAAUGGAAGGACGGCGUUGCAUAUGGCGAUCAAAUCAGUAGCUUCAUUGUCAAUGCUCGAAAUGCUAUUAAAGAAGAAAUUUUUAAACCAGUUAAUUGAUUUAGAGGAUUACGAAGGAAGAACUCCACUGAAUCUUGCUAUUGAAACUCGCAAUUUAAUGGCUAUAAAAACACUUUGUCUGUUCGGGGCCGAUGUUAAUAAAAAACACCAUAAAAACGGAUUCACACCUCUUAGACAUGCUAUUGAAAUGCAGUAUGUUGAAGCUAUUCAACUUCUCCUGCUGCACCCCAUGUUAGAUAUUGGGGCGCAAACUGACUUCCAGGGUCUCUCCCCAUUUCAGUUCGCCAUCAUGAAUUCAUCAAGCAAGGAAGUGAUGGAGAUCAUUAAUAAAUUUGCCAUUUCGAAGGGCAUCCAAAUAGAGGUUAAAAAGGAAAUUGAGGAUGAAGAAGAGGACGAUGAAGACAUGGAAGAGGAAAUAGAAUUGAAGCAUGAAGUAAUUGAACCUAUAGAUAACCCGGAGUUGCUUUACACAAACAUAACAAAUUUCACUCCCAAAUGUCUUGACGAGGUUUCUGCCAUUCUGGAUGAUAGUGGAAAGUAUGCUCAUUUGGCAGAUUUGCUAGACUUGACACAUUUACUUGACGCGGGAGUUAUAUCCAGUGAGCGAAGUAUCAGUAAACAUUUACUUCAAUAUGCUAUAGAGAAAGAUAAUGUGAAGAUUCUGGAAAUCCGAAAUUUCCUGGAGAACCUCGAUGAGUAUAAAGCAGUUACCAUUAUUGAUCAAAUGGCCCAUGAAUUUCAGUUAAGGUAAAUCUACUGGACGCAACAUUAAUUAUGUACAUAUUUUUAAUGAGAUCAUGAUUGUAUGCGGGGUAAUACAAGUUAAUCGCCUCUGGGAAAUAUAACCAUUUUUUCAUCUAAAUUGAAAAGUAAAUUUAAGUCUUUCUGUUUUCUGCAAACAUGUCCGUUAAUAAUCAAUGUGGAUAUUAUUAAAUUUAAAGUUAAUUUGUUGGUAUACAUUUACAUCAUGCAACGUAUGAAGUCGGAAUAUUGUGGUAGUAUCUAUCUCCUACUUUGCGUUAGUUCUUUUUUUACAACCCUGUAUAAAUUCCUUUCACAGAACAAGCGUAUAUAAAACCCUGUAAAAUUUAAUUGUUUUCGCUCGGUCAAGUAACAAAAUUACUUUAUUUAUUUACCAAAAGCAUCUGUUUUCACAAUAUGCAUGAGGGUGUUUACGUCACAGUAAGAUAUUUAUAAGACAAUCUUAAUUUAAUGUACUUUGAAAUAAAUUAUGUUUUUUUGAUCGAGGAAUAUGCCUAAUGUAAUAUUGCAAUGAAUGUGUUAGUUUUAAACCAAGUGCCACAGUUGAAUACACCUCAAAGAUAUAUACUGUGAUACACUAGAACGUAAGGAUCAACGAGUCUAUCUCGACAAUGUAAAAUAAUGAAUUCUUUGUUUUUGAAAUGUUUUAAUUGAAUUUAUUAUGAUGGCUAUUUCUGUUCAAUGUGAUUUCCCUUCAUUGUGAUGUAAAUUCUAAUAACAGAACUGAUAGUAGAAAUAUGUGUAUAGUUAGUUUUUGCGACAUGUGCCACAAGUUCAUGUCUUUUGAUUGUCGUUGAAUCUUUUGAUUGAUCUUUCGAUUGUCAAUUUUCAAUUUUUUUCAUAAACUAGGAAAGAUUAUUUUGUUUUAAAACAAAAUAUUUCUUCGAUUAACGGGGCAGUUGUUUACAUUCUGCUUCUUUUUAACCAUUACCAAUUUUGGCUCCAUGCUUAUUCAAUUUUUAAUUUUAAGUGACUCGUUCUGAUUAUAAUCAAGCGAUUGUUUUUUUAUUAUUACCUACUUAUACAUAUAUGUACUAUCAUUUUGCUUUAUUUUUGAUCAAACUGAAAAUAAGAAGUUUUCUAUAUGUCCCCAUGCAUACAUGGGAAAUGGACAAUCAUUAAUUUCAAGUGAAAUAAAAUAAAAAAACCUUAAGUUAAUUUAUCGUAUUCACGAUAAUCAAAUUUUAUGUUACCCUGUAUUUGAACGUGAACUCUUGUGAAUAUUAUCUCAAGCUUUAAUACGAUCAUAUUGUAGGAAGAAUUGGAUAAAAGUAGUUUUGUAAAACAAAGCAGACUUUUAAAUAAUUCAAGAAUUCUGACUUUUUAGGUAUCGUUUACACUUAACAUUUUAUGAAACUGUUACAUUAUUUAGAUUUUACACCUUUAUGUAGUUUUAAGCUAUACUGUGAAGCUCGUGCUCAUUUGAAAUGUGAAAUAUUUCUAAAUAAAAAUUAGUUUAAGGAAA